UGGAAGGCGGGGUGGAGGGGGGGCAGUGAAGGCGCCCCCUUGAUGAACCCAGAGAUCGAACCUGCUACCAAGCGCAAAGUAGAAACUGAAAGUACACUGCCGGCAGAUCCUACGGAAGUUAUGGGAAAGGCAAAGCGCCGAGCCGGGCUGUGGUGUGUGCCGCCCCCCUUGGGAUGGAUGAAACAUCAGGCGCGGCGUGGGUGAGAAGAGCCAGCUGCAGAGACUGCCCUACCCAGCACAGACACCGGGCAACUCCGCGGGAAGACCAGGGUCCUGGGAGUGACUAUGGGCGGUGAGAGCUCGCUCCUGCUGCAGUUGCGGUCAUCAUGACCACGCCCGCCUCCCGCAGACCAUGUUCCAUGUUUCUUUUAGGUAUAUUUUUGGAAUUCCACCCCUGAUCCUUGUUCUGUUGCCAGUAGCAUCAUCUGAUUGUGAAAUUGACGGUAAAGAAGGCAAAGAAUAUGAGAAUGUUUUAAUGAUCAGCAUCAAUUACUUGGACAGCAUGCUAGAAAUUGAUAGCAAUUGCCUGAAUAAUGAUUCUAACUUUUUUAAAAAACAUUCAUGUGAUGAUAAUAAGGAAGCUACGUUUCUAAAUCGUGCUGCUCGGAAGUUGAAGCAAUUGCCUAAAAUAAAUGACGACGAGGAUUUCCAAGUCCAUUUAUCAAGAGUUUCACAAGGCACAUUAAAACUGUUGAACUGCACCAAGGUAAAAGGAAAAAAACUACCUUCGCAGGGUGAAGCCCAAUCCACUAAGAAUUUGGAUGAGAACAGACAUUUAAAGGAACAGAAUAAACAGAAGUGUUUCCUAAAGAUCCUACUACAAAAGAUAAAAACUUGUUGGAAUAAAAUUUUGAGGGAACACUAAAAUGCACUGAAAAUUAUGGAGCAGCAAUAUUAAACCAUGUGAACUUAUAUCCUCUAGGAAUUUAUCUGUUCAUGCAAUUUUGAGGGUAAGAAUGGUUCCUACAAGUUACUGAAUGCAUCCUGAUAAAAAUGGCUAAUAGCAAUUGAAAAAUCUACAAUGUAAUCUUGAAAGAUGAACAUAAAGAAUGGAAAUGGAAUGCUGCAAUCAACAAACUGUUUCAUUGGUAUGUGGACAUACAUUCAUCGGUAUUAAUUCUGUGCUGAUUUUUAUAAGAAAAUUCACUUAACAUCAUUUGCAAUAAUACUUAAACCUGUUUAAAGUUUUCAGGAAAAUACAUCAAAUCUGUGAAGCAUAUAAAGGUACAAAGACUAAAAACUAAAUUGCUAAGACUAGAAAGCAAAUAAUUGCUUUAUUAUCAAAAUAAUUUUGUGGCCCCACUAUUCAUCAAUGAACUGAGAUAAGAAUGGAAAUUGUCAUCUUCUGUGCUGGAAUGCUUUUAGAGUUAACAGGGAGAUAUGGAUAAUGACUAUGAGAACAAGAGUCACAUUCUUUCAAGAAGCAACAGCAUAAAGGAGUCCAAGAUACUUAAGACAUAUCAAGGGAUAUAAUUAAACCUGAUUGUAUAACACAGUGCCUCUUAAAUGGUAUAGCAAAUACUUUAAAAUGAAGAUAAGGAAUCAUUUCACUAAAUAGAAAAUCACUUCUUCUAAGGAUGCGGAACCAUAGUACUGAGUUACUUUUGUCAUUUAUGUAUAAUACAACUUGUCUAAAUGAGUUUGCAAUUUGGGAAGUAUAUUUUUCAGAGAAUAAUAUAUGAUGGCUUUUUAAUUAAUGGAAUGUAUGUAUUUAAUAUUGACACUAUA